AGCAGGAAGUGUUUGAGGAAGUAGCGCUCGGCUGGCAUGUUUAAGAUUCCCGUAUUUUAAUGUCUGCGGGGUGUUACCAGAGCCCCCAGUUUUGUCGCCCCAGCCCCGGUUCCCCCGCCCCGUGUCCCCGCCGACAGAGUUAGCACAGCAUCAGUAUGAGCUGGUCACCUUCCUUGCCAACCCAGACAUGUGGGGCCUGGGAAAUGAAAGAACGGCUUGGAACAGGGGGAUUUGGAAACGUCAUCCGAUGGCACAAUCAGGACACAGGUGAGCAGAUUGCUAUCAAGCAGUGCCGGCAGGAGCUCAGCCCCCGGAAUCGAGAGCGGUGGUGCUUGGAGAUCCAGAUCAUGAGAAGGCUGAACCACCCCAAUGUGGUGGCUGCCCGCGAUGUCCCUGAGGGCAUGCAGAACCUGGCUCCCAACGACUUGCCCCUGCUGGCCAUGGAGUACUGCCAAGGAGGAGAUCUCCGGAAGUACCUGAACCAGUUUGAAAACUGCUGUGGCCUGCGCGAAGGAGCCAUCCUCACCUUGCUGAGUGACAUUGCCUCUGCACUUAGAUACCUUCAUGAAAACAGAAUCAUCCAUCGGGAUCUAAAGCCAGAAAACAUCGUUCUGCAGCAAGGAGAGCAAAGAUUAAUACACAAAAUUAUUGACCUAGGAUAUGCCAAGGAACUGGAUCAGGGCAGUCUCUGUACUUCCUUUGUGGGGACCCUGCAGUACCUGGCCCCGGAACUGCUGGAGCAGCAGAAGUACACAGUGACCGUCGACUACUGGAGCUUUGGCACCUUGGCUUUCGAGUGCAUCACGGGCUUCCGUCCUUUCCUCCCCAACUGGCAGCCUGUGCAAUGGCAUUCCAAAGUCCGGCAGAAGAGUGAAAUGGAUAUCGUCGUUUUUGAAGACUUGAAUGGAGCAGUGAAGUUUUCAAGCUCUUUACCCUACCCCAAUAAUCUUAACAGCGUCCUGGCACAGCGGCUGGAGAAGUGGCUGCAGCUGAUGCUAAUGUGGCACCCCCGACAACGGGGCACCGAUCCUGUGUACGGGCCGAAUGGCUGCUUCAAGGCCCUGGAUGACAUCUUAAACUUAAAGCUGGUUCAUAUCUUGAACAUGGUCACGGGCACCAUUCACACCUACCCGGUGACAGAGGACGAGAGCCUGCAGAGCUUAAAGGACAGAAUCCGGCAAGACACAGGAAUCCCCGAGGAGGAUCAGGAGCUGCUGCAAGAGGCAGGUCUGGCCUUGAUCCCCGACAAGCCUGCCACUCAGUGUAUUUCAGACGGCAAGUUAAAUGAGGGCCGCACAUUGGACAUGGAUCUCGUUUUUCUCUUUGACAACAGUAAAAUCGCCUAUGAGACUCAGAUCUCCCCACGGCCCCAACCUGAAAGUGUCAGCUGUAUUCUCCAAGAGCCCAAGAGGAACCUGUCUUUCUUCCAGCUUCGGAAAGUGUGGGGCCAAGUCUGGCACAGCAUCCAAACCCUGAAGGAGGACUGUAACCGGCUGCAGCAGGGACAGCGAGCUGCCAUGAUGAAUCUUCUCCGGAAUAACAGCUGCCUCUCCAAGAUGAAGAAUUCCAUGGCUUCCAUGUCUCAGCAGCUCAAGGCCAAGUUGGAUUUCUUUAAGACCAGCAUCCAGAUUGACCUGGAGAAGUAUAGUGAACAAACUGAGUUUGGGAUCACAUCAGAUAAACUGCUGCUGGCCUGGAGGGAAAUGGAACAGGCUGUGGAGCUCUGUGGGCGGAUUUUUCAUCAGGAGAAUGAAGUGAAACAUCUGGUGGAACGGAUGAUGGCACUGCAGACGGACAUCGUGGAUUUGCAGAGGAGCCCGAUGGGUCGGAAGCAGGGGGGUACUCUGGACGACUUAGAAGAGCAAGCGAGGGAGCUUUACAGGAGACUAAGGGAAAAACCAAGAGACCAACGAACUGAGGGUGACAGUCAGGAAAUGGUACGGCUGCUACUUCAGGCAAUCCAAGCCUUUGAGAAGAAAGUGCGAGUGAUUUAUACACAGCUCAGUAAAACUGUGGUCUGCAAGCAGAAGGCUCUGGAAUUGUUGCCCAAGGUGGAAGAGGUAGUAAGUUUAAUGAAUGAGGACGAGAAGACUGUUGUUCGUCUUCAGGAGAAGCGACAGAAGGAACUCUGGAAUCUCCUGAAGAUCGCUUGUAGCAAGGUCCGUGGUCCUGUCAGUGGAAGCCCAGAUAGCAUGAAUGCUUCUCGCCUUACUCACUCCGGUCAGCUGAUGUCUCAGCCUCCCAAUGCCCCCAACAGCUUACCUGAGUCAGGCAACAAAAGUGAAGAACUGAUGGCUGAAGCACAUACUCUCUGGAGCCAGCUAGAAAGUGCAAUGCAAGACACCAUGAAAGAACAGUACCAGAGUUUACAGUCUCUAGACUGGAGCUGGUUACAGACGGAGGAAGAAGAGCAGAAUAGCCUGGAGCAGGCCUCGUGACUGUGUGUGUGGCCUGGACCUGUUGGGGCUCCUGGCCUGAUGCUCUCGCACUGUGGCCCCUGCUGUAAUGAUGUCCCAGCGAUCUUUGGCACCCAGAUGCAGAUCUUCUCACUUCCCCAGCCGUUGUGACAUUCACUGUGGACCAAGGGUGUGGCCCUCCGUUGGCACUGCCAACAACUUGUCUGCACACUGGAAGCCUCCAUCACAGAGGCUCAGCAAAUGCUGAUGCCAGGCACAUGCGCGUACGGAGACCACGCCAUGGCAGCUACUUUUCUCUGCUCUGAAAAAAAUGCAUAAAGUACAGUUGUCUCACAGACCACUGGGCAAAUGUCUACCAUGGAUCUUCCAGGACAAAGUACAACCUGCACUUACUGCCAGCCUGUCCUCUCCCGACCCCUCCUCUUUUCCAGAGGCCCUGAUCCACCUGCCCUCACAGCUGGUGUUUCACCGGAUUUGGCUUUUCUCAAACAGACUUUUAAAUCUGGACUUGGCACGGCCCCAUCCUCUCUCUUCCUCUUUUUAUUUUACUGCUGCUAAAAAUUUCCUUUUACCUACACUUUGGUGGUUGUCCUCCCUUCGGCAAGGUUGUAGGUAAAUGUUAAGUUCUGCCUGUGUGUAGUCCUUUCAGCCACAGAAUGACUCAUUAGAGCCAGGAUGAAAGAGCAACUCCCUUCCUUUGGAUCCCAAAGGUUACCAGGGAGUGAGUUGCCAAGAAGACGAAAAGGUUAUCUGUCUACCACUAGCCUGCUGACCACAAUGCCAACCUCCUGUCCUUGCUCAUACCUGUGUGUGGUUGUCAUGAGACAGGGAGUCCCUGCCUCUCAUGUCAUCUAGCAGUAUUAUUAAAUUGACCUAUUUUAAAAAUAGUUUCUAUAUCUCGUAACAUGACUCAAACACUUAUACAAGAUUCCAUAAUCCAUUUUUAUAAUUCCUAUGGUUAGGACUGACGAACUCAAAAUCCAACCUAAUGGGGAAUUUUAUAAACUGGAAUAGUGCCUGGAUAAAACAGUGCCAUAGCACUAGCACUGCUUUGACUUACAGAAUUUCACCUUUAUAUAAUAUACAGCAGGAAAGCAAAACAAGGUCAGAUGAUCACAAAUAGGUAUGUUUGGUUGGAGAAAAAAGUUGGAAUACAGGAGUUUCACAAAGUGGCUUCCAUGGAAAUAGUGCAGAGGGUUUCAUGGUUAAGUAAGUUUCGGAAAUGCUUCAUGGUCUAAUUAGAGAUCUCUUGGAGAUCUACCUUGUACACUGGUACAUAAAAGUAUAGCAGGUCCUCAAGUAACAUUAUUUCGUUCAACCUCAUUUCGCUACAGUGUUGAUGAGAUGCCCUAGGAACUUAACUUUUGUUUAUAUCAAUGAGCCUGUGGUAAAAUUAGUGUUGUUAUUGUUGUUUUGCUUUAAAUCACAGAACCUGUUGACCACAUCUUGUUAGUAUCAUAAUUUGUUAAAAUGGUGACCAAUCUUUGGUGACCAACUUCCCAGAACUUUCCUGGAUUUAGCCCUUAAAGUUUUGUAUCCCAGUAAAACUCUCAGUCACUCACUGCCAAUCCAGGAUGAUUAGCCAUCUUACAUUACGAUGUGUCCAUAUUCUGUGUAAUUUGAAAUAUUUGACACUUCAGCAAAGUUGCAGUUGAGGAUACUCAUUCAACAAGUACUUUUUGAGCAACUCUAGGUGACAAAAAUUAACUCCCUACUGUCGUGAGCUUACAGUUCACACAGGUGGGAGAAGAGUAGAGCAGGGAGUAGAUAAUAGGCAGGUUAUUUCAAAUUGUAAGUUUCAAAUAGUUUCAAUGCUAUGAAAAAAAUAAAACACAGUAAUGGAUAGAGAGUGCCUUAGUGCUGUUCGGGAAUGUGACAAGGAUGUGACUACUGGGCUAAGAUUUGAGUGAUGAGAGGAAGGCAGGCAAGCAAAGGCCUGAACAGUAAGAGACCUAAGGCAGGUACAUGUGUGUACUAAAUAAUGAUGUGUGUAUACUAAACAAAGGGAAAAGUGGCAAGAAAUGAAGGCGAAUUCGUAGGGGAUGGAUCACAUUAGGUCUUGUAGGCCAUGGAAAAGAGUGUGGAUUUUAUUCUAAGUGCAACGAGAAGGUAGUUAAGCAAAUGAAUGACGUAUUCUGAAACACAUUUUUUUGUUUUUUAAAUCACUCUUGUCCCAUUUGGAGAAUAGCCUGUAGGGGACAAGAGCAGAAGCAGGAAGCUCACUGAGGAGGCUGUGGCAGUAAGUGGGGAGCGAGAUCAUGGCAGAUUGGACUAGGAUAGAGAUGGUGAGAGGCAAUCCAGUUCAAAUAUGUAUUCUGGAGACAGAUCAGACGAGACUUGCUAACAGAUUGGAUGAGACUCCUAGGGUUUUGGCCUGAUGGCAAGGUAGAUUAAAGCGUCAUUAACUGGGAUGGAGAAAAGUUAAGGAGAAGCUAGUGGAGCAAGAAUCAAGAGUUCUGUAGGACAUUUUAUCUUUGAGAUGCUUAUUAUGGACAACUAGAGAUAUCCCUUAGGCAGUUUCAUACAUGGGACUAGAGCUUAAGGGAUAUCAGGACUAGAAAUACAAAUUUAGGAGCUUUUAAGCAUUUACAAAGGUGAAACUGGACAAGAUGGAAAAGUUGGCUAGAAGAUCAAGGCCUGAGGGACUUUCCCAUAGAGGUUGGAGGUUGGAGAGUGGAGGAGGAGCUGGAAACGAACACACAAAACAAAACAAAAAAUAGAACAAAACAACACAACAUACUUGAGAAGUUUGUGGCUAGUAAGGAAGAAGGGAAAUGCAGAGCAUGUGCUAUCUUAGAAGCCAAUUGAAAACAAAUUAUUUCAGUAAGAGAGUGAUUAAAGGGAUAAGGUGUUACCUGUUGGUCCAAGAAGGUGAGGAAAGAGAAUUGAUCAUUUUCCUUGGAUUUUCUGGCACUGAUUUUUUUUUUUAAUUUAUUGGGGUGACAAUUGUUAGUA